UCCUAACAGAUGGGAACUCAGUGCAGACCGAGGUGCUCCUGCUGAGAGCAGCAUCCUUUUAAAGAGGAUCCUGUGCUUGUCUGGAGGAUCAGAAGACCCAGCCAUCCCAGGAGGCCGGCCGGCCCUCCCGCAGGAAGCAGAGGCUCACUUCAGGAAGCCACUGUGAUCCGCGAGUUCUUCCAGCAUGUGUAAUCAAGGGGACGACUGCUAUUUCUUUUUCUAUUCCACAUGUACCAAAGGGGACGCGUGCCCCUUCCGCCACUGCGAAGCUGCUCUGGGGAAUGAAACGGUUUGCACGCUGUGGCAAGAAGGGCGCUGCUGGCGACCGCUGUGCAGGUAUCGGCACAUGGCCGUGGACAAGAACCGCAGCGAAAUUCCGUGUUACUGGGAAAAUCAGCCUAGCGGGUGUCAAAAGCUAAACUGUGCUUUCCACCACGACAGAGGUCGCUAUGUCGACGGCCUGUUCCUACCUCCCAGCAAAACUGCAGUGUCCUCCGUGCUGCAGUCCCCGCUGGAGGCCAAGGCCAGCCUGCUCCCAGUUCAGGGGAGCAAACUCGGGGUCCAGGCUGGAAGCUCCCCCACACUGUGGAGCACACCCGGAAUGAUAGGGGAGAGUUACCAAAGAGCUCCUUGCUCCAGGCACCCACAGAUUUUGAUGAGUGCCACACAAGCUGAUGAAGAUGAAGAUGACCAGUUCUCUGAGAAGUGCAAUGGAACCAUAACACCUCCUCCGCUGUCCACGCCUGAAGUCCCUAAUGGGUCACAGGUGGCUUCUGCACAGAGACCUGGUGUCAACUUAAAGCAAGAAGUUUCUUCAGGAGCUUCCAGUCUUCAGCUCCAACCUCAGCUCCUUCCGGGGCCUGAAAAAGGGCAUGUGCGCACUGUGGUGAGGACAGUCACUCUGUCAAGCCAAGGAGAAGACCCCUUGGUUCCAUUGAGUCUUUCUGAGAGACUGGGGAAAAGAAAACUUUCAGCCGGUGGUGACAGUAAUCCCCCACCAAAGUGGAGCCUGACAGAGCUGCCAGGAAAGAAAGUUGAAGCUCCAGAAACAAGUAUUGACCAAGCACCAAAGAAAGGGCAUGUGUCCAAGUCUGUCAAGGAGCGACUGGGCAUAUUAACUAGGCCAGCCAGUGAUGAAGCAACCACGAGAGGCGAUAAAGUCAGUGAGAUCCAUGUGAAGACGUUAGAAGAAAUUCUUCUUGAAAGAGCCAGUCACAAACACGGAGGGUUGCUAACUCAGCUCAAGACAGCCGGUCCUUCCAAAGCUGAUGAUUUCACAUCAAGAACGGGCAGCUCCUCCACCGUCCGAAUCAAACCCUUCUCUGAGAUCCUGGCUGCAAAGCAGCAGCAGCAGCAGCCAUCAAAAAAACAGCAAAGCAAAAGGGAUGCGAGAUGCAUCAAGGUAAAGAUCAGUAACGACAGUAAGAAAAUAGUCCUUUUGCCACCCAUUGCUGUUGACAAAGGACACUCAGAGGAGCCUGCAGAUAUAAGAAAGUCGCUGCAGGACGUGCACGUUAAGACCCUGGCAGAGAUCAAGCUGGAAAAGGCCCUGAGGGUACAGCAGAGCUCGGAGAGGGGCACCAGCUCCCAGCCCCAGCCUGAGGCCACCCCAGGAACAAGGCAGCUGUUCCAGGUCCCCGGAAGACCAGGCAUGAAAGGAGAGAAGAAGCUUCAUGAAGACUGUGAAACUACUUUUCAGAGCAGAGUUACUACAACACCAGCUAAGGAACAGCAGCCUUCAGAUGAGGCUGUAGGAGUCCAUACCACACUUUCAGUCCGGAGGUGUGAGACCCUGAGAGAGGAGCAUAUGCAGACACAGCAGAAGGGGGUCGCACUGCAGGAGAAGUCAGCCUUGGCACCCUUUCAGGGAGACGCAGCCUCUUGCAGUGCCCACGUGGAGAGACCUGUGCUUACCGCUGUGGCAGGUGUCACAUGUCACCUUACCGAGCCGCGUCUCACAAAGCCAUGCCAAAAGAUGGAGGUAGAAACCUCCGCGAUUGGGGACUCAAAAUUCAAUACGAUAUAUGCUCCACAGUCUUUGGCAAAAAAGGGUAAAGCUAAACCCAAAGUAAGUGUGAAACCAUCUGGGGUUAAAGCUGUUCCAUCUCCCCAGUUGCCCCAAAAACGCAAGGCCGUGGAGCUGCAUCCUGAUGAAGCUGCAGCUGUGAAGCCACUGAGCUCCAUCAGUGCCCUGCAGGUGAGCCCCGCCAAAAGAGCAGCUGCGGCUAUUGCUCCACCCUCCUCUGCCAACAAAUCAGUCCCUGUGCCUGAGAAAGAAAAACCUGGAGACGGUUUUGUGCUGCCUCCAAGCCAGUCUUCUCCAGACCUGUGGUCCCUGGAAGUAUCUGGCCCUUCCUCAUCCCAAAUGGCCACAGAAACUUGCCAAGCCAGCUCUCCCUCCACAGGAGAACCCCCACUUCCCACAGAGGAUGAUUUUGAGAAACUAGUACAGGAAAUUUUAGGAGACAACUUAGAAGCUGUGAUCGACUUGGAUCUUGACAAAGAUGCAGACGAACUUCUGCUUGAACUCUCAGAACUGAUUGACAGCUUUUAAAGGCGGUAGUGAGAGCACUUAAAAAAUUCACCACCUACGCUUAGUUUCCGUUCCUGUCCCUUGUACCUGAGAAGAUUAUUUCUUUAUCCCUGAAUUUAUCCCAAGUCAGAAGUAUAAUUCUGAAUUAUCUACAUGGAUUCCUGGGGGUUAGAUUUUUCAAGUCUCUUGCUAACCAUUUUGUCCAUUUGAUGCCAUCGUUAAGCAUCUUUGAGGGAAGAAAAAAUUCUGUACCAUCCUUCUUUCCACACAGAAAGAGACUGAGCCGGAGAUCUAGAAUGAAAAGAUGGAAAAAACUUACUGAUUCCUUGAGGUGUUUAAAUGAUUAAGAAUAGCUGCUGCUAUUGUGGUCUAAAUUUCAUGCUAUCACUGAAAACAAAAGACUCAACACAAUCUGAGUUGUCAUGUCUUUUUAAUGGUAUUUGGAGAUUUUAAGUAAGCUUUAAAAGUGUUUCUUGAGAAACCCAAAAU